AUGGCCAAAAAACUGCAAGUAGCUCAAGCUAAGUUUAAGUUACAUUUAAAAGAAGUGGGUAGAUUCGAAUCAAUGCUAAAUGACUUUAUUGCUAAACCAAAUACAGAUAUCUUGCUAUACGAAAAUUUAUUGUCGGAAUUAGAAGACACGGAAGAUAUUUUAAAUAACGUAAUAUUAGAAGUAAUGGUAAAUGAAAGCGAUGAAGAGACCGAUGAUUACGAGAAUUUUAGUAAAGCUAAGAAAUCAAUUCAUAGCAUUAAAAGUCAAAUUCAAAGAAUACUUUCAGAUCUUAAACCAACGGAAGAAAGUGCUAGUCGAACCGUUAGUCAAACGGUAGAGCCCAAACCUAAUCUAAAACUGCCGAAAUUCAAUUUGCCCACAUUUGACGGGGAUAUUCAAAACUGGAUAAGUUUUAAGCAAGUUUUUACCUCAGCUAUAGGUUCAAACAAAGCAUUAACCAAUUGUCAAAAAUUGCAAUAUUUAAAUGCUGCUGUAUCGGGAAACGCACACAGAUUAAUUAAAGGUUUUCCUGUUGUUGAAGCAAAUUACGCUCAAGCAUGGGAAACACUUUCAAACCGCUAUGAUAAUAAGCGAGAACUCGCAUAUUCCUUAUGCACAAAGAUAUUCAAUAUUAAGUCGGGUAAAAUGUCUUCAAAAUUUCUGCAUGAAAUGAUUGACUGUUGCAAUGAAUCGGUGCGCAAUUUGAACACGUUAGGUUUGAAACUGAACAAACUAUCGGAAGUUAUACUAAUAAAUUUCCUUCAGAAACGCCUAGACGAAAACAUAAGAAGACAGUGGGAGUUAACUUUAGAAAGCGACGAGUUUCCUUCUUAUCAGAAAUUCAUGCAAUUCUUAGAAUUAAAUGCUAGAAGUUUACACUCAUCAAAAGAUUCAUCAAAAGAUUACGCGAAGGAAGAAAAAUCUAAAGCUCAAACGCUUACUUAUACUAACACAACAUCUAAUAAAGCUGCAUUUGCAAAAGCCAUUAAUUGCACAUACUGCAAUUCUAAUCAUACGAUAUUUAGAUGUCCAAAGUUUUCGGGAUUGAACUUCCGGGAUAGACUAGAAUUCGUUAAAAAUCGCAAACUGUGUUUUAAUUGUUUAAGAGAAAAUGAUGAUGUUUACAAUUGUAAAGUAACAAUGCAUUGCAGGGUAUGUUCAAGAAAGCAUCAUACUUUACUGCAUUGUCAGUCGAAUAAAUCUAGUACUCAUGAAACGGAAUUAAACUCGAAGAAGGAAAAUUCCAAUUCUGAUUUAUCACAAACUAUGCAACAUGAUUCUAAUGCGGUAUCUCUUUCGGGUACCAAUAACUCUGAGAAAACACUAUUAACCACAGCCAUGAUUAAAGUAAAAGAUGUUAUGGGUGGUUAUCAGGACUGUAGAGCUCUUAUCGACUGUGGGUCUCAAAAUUCUCUAAUAUCGGAAGAUUGUUUUCAGCAGUUGGGUCUUAAUUCAGCUACUUGUAAUUGCACCAUAAAGGGAAUAGGAAAUUCAAUCACAAGUCAAUCGAGUAAGAUGGUAAAAUUAGAAUUCACACCCUAUUUCAAUUCAAAUAAAUUCUUUAUGGAUGCAUUGGUUGUUAAAAACCUAACUAUUGAUUUACCCAACUGCAAUAUGACCAAUGUAAAUUGGCCUCAUCUUAAAAGUUUAAAACUAGCAGAUCCGCAGUUCCACAUUUCCAGACCAGUGGACAUAAUAAUCGGUGCUGAUGUUUUUCUAGACCUGAUAGAAGGUGAACAAAUAAAAAACAAACAUAAUGCUCCGGGUGCAUUAGAUUCUAAAUUGGGUUGGUUGCUGAUGGGAAAGUUCUGGGAGUUGGAUUCAAUUCCAAACGAAGACAAGGACAAUUUAAACAGCGAGGAAAUUACAUGCGAACAAUUCUACGAAAACACAACUAAACGGGAUAUUAGUGGAAAAUAUACAGUAAAGUUACCUUUUAAAAGGGAAAUUGACUUGGGCGAGUCCAGGACUAAAGCCGUUUCGAGGUUUCUAUCUCAAGAAAAGAAAUUUGAAAAAGACAAAAUUCUUGCUGAACGUUACAAGGGUUUUAUGCAAGAAUACAUAGCUUUAAAUCACAUGGAGUUAGUACCCGAAAAUGAAAAGCUAAAGUCUAAAUCUUUUUACAUGCCUCAUCAUGGUGUGAUUCGAGAGCAAAGCACAACUACUAAACUUAGAGUAGUAUUCGAUGCUUCUGCAAAAUCGUCAGAAAACAUAUCCCUAAACGAUAUUCUACACAAGGGUCCUAAACUUCAGUUAGAUUUAAGUUUUAUUCUAAUGAAUUUCAGAACUCAUUCAAUCGCACUAACCGCGGAUAUUGAGAAAAUGUUUCGAAUGAUAACAGUGUCUAAGGAAGAUUGUGACUUCCAAAGAAUUAUUUGGCGAACCGAUUCAACUAGUGAAAUCAAAGAUUACAGGCUUUUAACAGUCACAUACGGCACUGCAUGUGCACCUUAUUUAGCAGUAAAGACUAUUCAGCAACUUGCUGCAGAUGAGCAAUCUUUAUUCCCUAAAGCUGCAGAAAUCGUAAAAACAGAUUUCUAUAUGGAUGAUCUACUUACAGGCGCGGAUUCAACAUCAGAGGCUCGAAAUAUCGUCCUUGAAAUGAAUGAAUUAAUGAAAAAAGGUGGGUUUACUUUGCGUAAGUGGUUAUCAAAUGACCCGAAGGUAAUAGAAUUCUUGCCCGAAGACUUAAAAGCGACUAUUUAUCCUAAAGAACUGGGGGAAGAACACUCUAUUAAGGUACUGGGUAUUGAGUGGGAUCCUAUCGCAGAUUACUUUAGAAUACAAAUCAAGUCACCAAGCGAAGUAAAGAAUAAACGUCAAUUACUUUCCAAUAUCGCUAAAAUUUAUGAUCCACUAGGAUUUCUAGCACCAACAACCCUACUAGGAAAACUUUUAAUUCAAGAACUGUGGUCCGAGAAAAUAGGCUGGGAUGAAAAUUUACCAGAACAGAUUAUGAGCAAAUGGCAAAAAUUCGCAUCGGAACUUAUGCAUUUGAAAGAAAUUAAAAUUCCGCGAAGUUUGAAAGAUAAAUGUUCAAUUUCAAAAUCCGUUGAAAUUCAUGCAUUUUGUGAUGCGUCUCAAAAAGCUUACUCGGCAGUAAUUUAUUUACGCUUCCGUUUGGAAAACGGUGAAAUUAAAGUCGGUUUUCUAGUAGCGAAAACUAGAGUUGCUCCUUUAAGGAAAAUUACUUUACCAAGAUUAGAACUUUGUUCUGCAGUAUUAUUGAGUCGUUUGUAUAAAAGUAUUAAGAAUAGACUUUUGAUUGUAACCGAUUUCGAUUACUUUUAUACAGACUCGCAAAUCGUUUUAGACUGGAUAAAAUCGGAAUCACGUAGAUGGAAAGUAUUUGUCGCAAAUCGAGUAUCGGAAAUUCAAAAACUAACCCCGGUUGAAAAUUGGUUUCACGUAAGAAGUGAAGAUAACCCAGGGGAUUGCGCCAGCAGAGGGAUUCUGCCAUCUAAGUUAAAAGAACAUAAACUUUGGUGGAAAGGUCCAGUUUGGCUUUCUGACCCAAAUUUUAGCAUUAAUUCAAGCGCGUUUUUUCACCCCGUUAAAGAAUCGGAUCAAGAACAAGAAGAAUCGGAGAGCGUACUCGGUUGUUUGAAAGUAGUCAAGUCCAUUCAUUCAAAAUUAUUCAAGUUAUGUUAA